GGUUUACCGUAAAAGUGAGGUUAUGUGUUGAUUGUUUUGAUUUUUCCAGAGCAUUUUAAAAGGUGAUUUUCACAAUUAAAACAUAAAGUAAUGGAGGAAAAUGAAUUUGAAUCUGAUUGUAAGGCACUCAUACAAGCUUUUGUGGUAGGAGAAGAUAUAACUUUCCAAGCAUUUUGCACACAAUGGAUGAAUCAACAAUUCUACUUUGUAUUCCAUGGAUUUUCUCGAACUCUGGAUGUCGUGGAGUUCACAGACAUAGCUAUUCCUGUAGUUAAACGCCUGUUUGUGCGAGCGACGGAAUUUCUGGAACAAUUGGGGGCUUUCUACCUUCUGUAUGCGCUCUAUUUCAAACAGCCACCGAAGGAAUUCACUAAAAUCCGUAUCCGACAAGCUGAUUGGGUGACACUAAAGACAUUUUACGAAAAAAUAUCUCAAUCAGAAGAAUAUAUCCAGGCGAAGAUGAUUUUCUGGAAGCUCAUGAAAGUGAAUGCUUUCAAUUUUGUGGCGACAGAUGAGGAAUUCGGAUUCGAUACAUAUUUGAGUCACGCAGAAUCAGAUACUCUCAGCGACAGUGAGAUGAAGAAGAUUGAGGGAAGUGUGAAGGAGGAUCUUAUGAAUUUUGUAAAGGAGAGAAAUGGCAUUGUCUCAGCCAUUCAACUAAUUGAAAUGGGAUACAAUGAAAUGAAGGAAGGCCUGAAGAAUCCCAAGAAUGACAAACUCCUACCUGCAUCAUCGUGUGCCACAGAAGUCCUUCUGGGACUCCGGAAGAUCAAUGAGAUCUUCAAUCCUGAACCAGCGAUUGAGUUAGUUUCUGGCGACAGUCGCAGGAAGAAUCUGAAGAAGAAAGCUUUUCAAGUGAAUGAAUCUCCGGAGAAGGCACCAGAAGAGGUGCCGGGGAAAAAAGGUCGGACGACAAUGUGGAAGAAGAUGGUGCAGGUGAAUAACCAAUAUCUGGAAGUCACAACUCCGUAUCGGGACACACAGAGAAAAAAUCAGAGCUUCACUAAGAAGAUCUUCGAUCAGUCGAUGGACGGCGGCGACGAUGAUGAUCAGGAAGAAACAGAGUUUGAAGAUGAUUUUAGUGAAGGAGAAGUGAAAAUUCUGCCAGAAAUUGACUAAUAAAUGAGAUAAUACACAUUUUAUUUCUAAUAAAAAAAAAUUUUUUCAACUUAUAAAA